GGCUGCGGCGAGCGCGGCCAUGGCGGUGCUGCUGGAGACCACGGUGGGCGACCUGGUCAUCGACCUGUACACGGAGGAGCGGCCCCGCGCUUGUCUGAAUUUCCUGAAGCUCUGCAAAGUCAAGUAUUACAACUAUUGUCUUAUUUAUAAUGUACAGAGGGAUUUUAUUAUACAAACUGGUGACCCCAUGGGAACUGGUCGUGGAGGAGAAUCCAUAUUUUGUCAACUGUAUGGUGAUCAAGCCAGAUUUUUUGAGGCAGAAAAAGUGCCAAGAAUCAAGCACAAGAAGAAGGGAACUGUGUCAAUGGUGAACAAUGGCAGUGAUCAGCAUGGAUCACAGUUCCUCAUUACCACAGGAGAAAACCUGGAUUACCUUGAUGGUGUACAUACAGUAUUUGGAGAAGUGACAGAAGGCAUGGAUGUAUUGAAGACAAUUAAUGAAACCUUUGUAGAUAAGGAUUUUAUCCCAUAUCAAGAUAUCAGGAUAAAUCAUACAGUAAUUUUAGAUGAUCCCUUUGAUGAUCCACCUGGCUUGUGCGUUCCUGACCGCUCACCAGAACCUACAAAGGAACAGCUCGACAGUGGCAGAAUAGGAGCAGAUGAAGAAAUUGAUGACAUGAAAGGACGGUCUGCAGAAGAAAUAGAAGAAGUUCAGGCAGAAAAAGAAGCAAAAACUCGUGCUAUUCUUCUGGAAAUGGUGGGAGACUUGCCAGAUGCAGAUAUCAAGCCACCAGAAAAUGUCCUUUUUGUUUGUAAACUGAAUCCUGUGACUACAGGUGAAGACCUGGAGAUAAUAUUUUCACGAUUUGGUCCCAUUAAAAGCUGUGAAGUGAUCCGAGACUGGAAGACUGGUGAAUCUCUUUGUUAUGCUUUCAUUGAGUUUGAAAAGGAGGAAGACUGUGAGAAAGCCUACUUCAAGAUGGACAAUGUGCUGAUAGAUGACAGACGGAUACAUGUGGAUUUUAGCCAAUCUGUUGCAAAGAUUAAAUGGAAGGGAAAAGGUGGGCGGUAUACCAAGGAAGAUUUCAAGGACUAUGAGAAGGAACGUGACAAACCUUCAAAAUUUGCUCUGAAAGAAAAGGUCAAACCAAAGCAAGAUGCCAAGUAUGACCUUGUGCUGGAUGAGGAUGUAGAAGAGUCUCACACAAGUCAGUCGCACUUGGCUAAAAAACAGAAGAAGAAAAAGCACCACCACUCCGAAGAUGAGGAUGAUGACAAGAGGACCAAAAAAUCUAAGGAUUCUGACCGGAAGCACGAAGAGCGCUGCAGGGAGAGGAGCAAGAGUGAGAAGAAAGACAGGCAUCGGAGCCGCAGCCGCUCUCAGGAGAGAGAUUACACUUCCAGCAGGCAAAAAGACAAAUACAGAGAAGACAGCCGAGUAAGAGACUGGGAUAAAAAAGCAGACAGAAGCAGAAGUCCUAAGAAAUCAAAAGACAAAGAGAGAUCCAAAUACAGAUGAAAGACAAGGAAAAUACAGAGGGGCACUAAAAUAAUAAAUUUAAUUUUUUUCUUUUGUGAUAGUGUUUUUUCUAUAAUACUUACUGUAGUGUCUGACUGCAGUAUGCAGUAAGAUAUUACAGCUUGAGAUACCCUUUAUUGGAACAUGGUCUGCUAAUUCUGAAAUUCAAGAUGAAUUGCUGCAAAUUGCUCUGCCCUGGAGUGCUUGUGCCUGGAUAGAGUAUUUCAAUGGAAUAUGAAGAAAAAUAACUUCUUACUGAUUCUAUGGGAAGGCAGACAUUUAAGGAACAUAAUCACUGAAACUAUCCCGUGGCAGAAAAUUCUGACUAGGCAGGCCUAGCGAUAGCUGUAAUCUCCGGACCUAAGCUGAGCAGGGAUACUGAAGGUAUAUAAUACAGAAAUGUACUUUUCAGCAGUGUCUGCCCUGUCUUUGUUUUGUUAAAAACAAAGCUGGAGUCUAACAUCUUUGGCGCUUGUGGUAAUUAGAAAACAGAACAAAAAAACCCCACCUUCCUGUAAUGCUGAAAAUAACAUAGAAAAUGCUGUUGCAGAAGCAUUGGUUUCUUCACUUUGACAUAGCUGAGGCCUGUUUGAAGGGGAAUGCCUCAUGCUUUGAGGCUCUUUGUUCCUUCCUUAGUUAGAAACCAGCUUAGAAACCAGCUCCUCAGAAUUUUCUGUUGGAUUCCUUUACUUGCAACAGCUUAAAAGUGUGAUGUAGACUCUAAAUUGUUUUAUUCUAUGGAUUUGAGUAAGUUUGAGACCUAUUUUGAUGUCACACAUUAUAGUUCCUUUAGUUCUUUGUAGUCUUGAGCUUGAGUCCAAGAUUUAAAGUGAGCUUGACCAAAUACAGGAAAUGUACUUGCC